AUGCUCAGCUGGAAGGCCAUUGAAUUGGUUCUGUCUAACCAAUGCUAUGAUCUGAGGCUUGAUCUCAUAGUCAUUCCUUGCAGGAAGUGGUGGAUGGAUAGGGUUUCUAUCCAUGAAGAAAGCAUCGGCAGAGUCAUAGUCUCCGAUUGUAGGUGCUCCGGCUUGGGGUUGUGCGUUCACAUCUCCAGCAGGGUCUUUUGGAGCAUUCUGGAGCAUAUGGGACGUAAGGAGCAUGGAGGACUUGGGCAUGGACGCAGCUCAACUGGAUACGCAAAGGAAGAAGGAGAAGCCAUCUUGAAGACCAGCUCGACCACCUACUCGACCAACCGGUCGAGUUCCUCAACUCGACCGGCCAAGCUUCAACUCGAUCGAGCUGAGAAGUCAAAGUCAAACCCGAAAAAUGUUGCUUCCCCCUUGACUUUCCUUUGA